CCAGCAUGAUUCUGACAUAUUUGGAAUGAUGACUUGAGUGGCAGAGCCAUUGUUGAGCCGUUCAUUGCGUAGCGUUUGGAAUUUGACGGAAACAUUUCGGAAAACCAGGUUAUCUCGGAAGCAUGUUCUUCACUCCAUUUGUACACACGUGGAAACGACACAUCCUUGGCAUGCCAUUUUUUGGCGGGAGAGGAAAAUCAUGUCAGGAACUAACGGCUACAGAGAUGCGAGAAACGCGAGAAACUCAUAGAGAUGUCUUGGAACAAAAGGAAGGCGUCAAGUGGCAUACUGGUGUUGAAGGUUGGGAGGUGAAAAUUGAUGUGGCCGGCCGAAGCAUCCGGGGUGGAUACUUCAUUCCGAAGAAGGAGGAAGAUGAAGCCAGUCCAGAUUCGCAAAAUAAAUGGGAGAAGGCUGUGAAAGAGGAAUUGGAGAAUGCAGUGAAAUGCCGAGAGAACUUGGAGAGAAGAUACCGCGAAGCAGAAUGAACGGGGACUGUGUGGAAACCGACCUGGAAGUAGUAUUUACGGUCUCU